CUUUUUUCCAUGCCCCCCCCAGGUCUGAACCGCAGCAGCUCCUUCUCCUGCGAAGCCCACAACGCCCGCGGUGUCACCACUUCCCGCACUGCCACCGUCACCGUGGUCCCCCAGCGCCCCCGAAACCUGGGACUGGUGAGGAGGGGGCCACACUGGCUGGAGGUGACCUGGGAACCGGGGGCCAGCGGGGACACCCCCCUGCGCCUCUGCACCGUCCAGGUGGUGGCUGAGGACGAGGACCUGAGCAGCGUCCCCCCGGGGGGGCUCUACAACCGGGUGGUACCCGUGCCCCCCUUCACCCACCGCAUCGAGGGGCUCCGGCCCUUCGCCGCUUACCGGGCGCGGGUCUCCUGCCGCAGCACCCACGGCCCCUCGCCCUGGACCCACUGGGUGCCCAUGGCCACGCUGGAGGGUGUGCCAGGGGCCCCCCCUGAGAACGUGACGGCGGAGCGGGACGGCAGCUGGGCACGGGUGCGGUGGGCGGCACCGCGGGGGCACCUCAACGGGGUGCUGCGGGGGUACCGGCUCGCCUACCGCAGCGCCCAUGCCCCCGAGGUGGUGGUGGACGUGGGGCUGGCACAGGAGAAGACACUGGAGCUGGCGCCGGCCGUGCAGAACCUGUCGGUGCGCGUGUCCCCCUACACGGGGGCGGGGGAUGGACCCUGGAGCCCCCCCCGUCCUGCUGCUUGCCCCUGGAGAGACACCGUUGGAGAUGCAGCCAGCAGUGCUCCCGGCACUGGGGCUGGCCCGGGGCUGGUGGCUGGUGGUGCUGGCCCUCGCUGUGCUGGCCGGCCUGGCCCUGGCCCUGGGCAUCUUGGCGGCACAGCGCCGGUGGAAGGAGACGCGGUUUGGGUGAGCAGGACCCUCCCCUGGGAGGCCUUCGCACCCUGUGGGGAGCCAGCGGUGCAGUACCGUGUGUGCAGCUCCUACAGCCGCCGCACCACCGAGGCCAUGCUGAACAGCCUGGGCAUCAGCGAGGAGCUGAAGGAGAAGCUGCGGGACGUCAUGGUCGACCGACACCGCGUGGCCUUGGGCAAGACCCUGGGCGAGGGGGAGUUUGGGUCCGUCAUGGAGGGGCAGCUCAACCAGGACAACUGCGUCCUCAAAGUGGCCGUCAAGACGAUGAAGAUUGCCAUCUGCACCCGGGGGGAGCUGGAAGACUUCCUCAGCGAGGCCGUCUGCAUGAAGGAGUUCGACCACCCCAAUGUCAUGAAGCUGAUCGGGGUGUGCCUGCAGAGUUGGGGUGCUGAGGGGCUCCCCGCGCCCGUCGUCAUCCUGCCCUUCAUGAAGCACGGGGACCUGCACAGCUUCCUGCUCUACUCCCGCCUUGGGGACAGUCCCGUGGCGCUGCCCCCGCGGAGGCUGGUGGGGUUCAUGGCCGACAUCGCGGCGGGGAUGGCGUACCUGAGCCGCAGGAACUUCGUCCACCGCGACCUGGCCGCCAGGAACUGCAUGCUGGACGAGCGCCUGCGGGUGUGCGUGGCGGAUUUCGGGCUCUCCAAGCAGAUGGGGGGGGGCCAGUACUACCGGCAGGGCCGGGUGGCCCCCGUCCCCGUCAAGUGGGUGGCCCUGGAGAGCCUGGCCGACCGCGUCUACACCACCAAGAGCGAUGUGUGGUCCUUUGGGGUGACGAUGUGGGAGAUUGCCACACGGGGCCAGACCCCCUACCCCGGGGUGGAGAACAGCGAGGUCUACGACUACCUGCGGCAGGGCCACCCGCCUGCGGGCCCCCCCCCCCUGCCCCCCCCCAGGUACGAGCUGAUGCGCCGGUGCUGGGCCGUGGACCCCCGGGAGCGACCGAGCUUCGAGGAGCUGGGGGGGGCCCUGGAGGCCGCCCUGCGGGGGUUGCCCCCCCACACACCCCCCGACCCCCUCUACGUCAACAUGGAGGAGGGAGGUGCCGCCGGGGGCGCCCCCCCCCAACCUAAGCAAGGAUGGGGGGGAUCCUCCGGCCCCCCCCAGCACCCCCCCCUACCCGAGGGGGCUCCUGGGCGUUAUGUGGUCUGCCCAGCCCCCCCCCCCCGAAAGCGGGAGGCCCCCCGGGGACCCCCCAGCCCCUUGCGCUGCCUCUGAGGAGGGGGGGGGGGGGGGGGGGCUCUGUGAGCGG